GUUCCUGUCGCGUUGGGCUCGCGAGGGAGAGACGAGGAGAGAUGAGCCCCGGCGCGGCGAUGCGGCGGCGGAGAGCUGGAGCGGCGGCGCCGGCGGCGGUGGCGGUGGCGGUGGCGGCACUGUGGUCGGCGUGGGGAGUGGGGGCGGUGUGGCUGGACCUGCCGGCGACGGGGGUGAAGUGCGUGUCGGAGGAGAUCCAGCCCAACGUCGUCGUCCUCGCCGACUACGCCGUCAUGUCCCAGGACUACUCCCACGGCCACCCCACCGUCUCCGUCAAGGUUACAUCGCCAUAUGGAAACACUCUACAUCACAACGAAAAUGCCACAAUAGGCCAAUUUGCAUUCACAACGACAGAAGCUGGCAACUACCUGGCAUGUUUCUGGAAAGAUAGCACAGAAAAAGUAACGACAACGAGUGUUAAUCUUGAUUGGAAGAUUGGGAUUGCAGCAAAGGACUGGGAUUCUGUUGCUAGGAAAGAGAAGAUCGAGGGAGUCGAGCUAGAGCUGAGGAAAUUAGAAACAGCUGUUGAAGCCAUCCAUCAUAACUUGUUGUACCUCAAAACCAAGGAAGCAGAGAUGAGGGAAGUGAGCGAGAGGACCAAUGCCAGGGUUGUGUGGUUCAGUAUUUUGUCGCUCGGUGUUUGCAUUGCAGUUUCUGUCUUGCAGUUGUGGCACCUGCAGCGGUUCUUUCAAAAGAAGAAACUUAUUUAGAUUUUCUUUUUUUUCUCGAUAACGUAGGCUACUACUCUAGCAUUGUAUGUUGUUUAGAUUUCCUUUUUAUCUCGAUAACGUUGGCUACUCUAUCAUUGUAUGUUACAAUUGAGGCUAUUUAGAAUUUUGUUAUCUGUACAUCAAACAA